AGAGAAUAUACAUACAUGCACCGGCUGGCUAGCUAGCUACCUAGCUAGCUGUCAGAACCCUUUACUGAGGUACAGUACAAGAAGGAAGAGUACUAUGUGACUUUACCGUCCCGCGGCCGGCGACGACGACGACGACGGCGACCCCUCCCCCACUACGUGCUAACGUUAACAACGCCGCCACCGAUCUGCGGGCCACGAUAAGAAGAAGCAAGCUUCCGCAGAACUAGGCGUCGACCCUGACGGAGCUUCUCUCCCCUCCUUCUUCCCUUUUUUUUCUUCUUCUUUUUACACUUCUGCUGCCUGCCUCAUUCCUCUUCUUCGUUUCCUACCGCCUUGGCCCUUCUCCCCACGGGUUGUACAGCAGCAGCACCUGAGCUGAGCUGAGCUGAGCUGAGCUGGGGCAGGGAAUUCGGCCUCUCCCCCUCACGCACAACCCUCCGACCGCUCCGACGCGCAUAUCGCCGGUCAGUUCCCGUCAGCCAGUCAGUCGGCCGGCAAGUCGCCAUGUCUCACACGCACGCCCACAACGGCGGCGGCGGCGGCGGCGGCGGCGCCUCGCACUCACACGAGGGUGCAGUCGGCUUCAACGCCCAGGAGCACGGUCACUCGCACGAGAUUCUCGACGGGCCGGGCAGCUACGUCGGCCGCGAGAUGCCCAUCGUCGAGGGGCGCAACUGGUCCGAGCGGGCCUUUACCAUCGGAAUCGGAGGACCCGUCGGCUCCGGCAAGACGGCGCUCAUGCUGGCGCUCUGCCUCGCGCUGCGCGAAAGGUACUCCCUCGCGGCCGUGACCAACGACAUCUUCACGCGCGAGGACGCGGAGUUCCUGACGCGCCACGCCGCCCUCCCGCCGGAGCGCAUCCGCGCCAUCGAGACGGGCGGCUGCCCGCACGCCGCCGUGCGCGAGGACAUUUCCGCCAACCUCGCCGCGCUCGAGGACCUGCACGCGCGCUUCAUCGACGGCGGGACCGACCUCUUGCUCAUCGAGUCGGGCGGCGACAACCUCGCCGCCAACUACUCGCGCGAGCUCGCCGACUUCAUCAUCUACGUCAUCGACGUGAGCGGCGGCGACAAGGUGCCACGCAAGGGCGGGCCCGGCAUCACCCAAAGUGACCUCCUCGUCGUCAACAAGACGGACCUGGCCGAGCUGGUGGGCGCCGACCUCGGCGUCAUGGAGCGCGACGCCCGCAAGAUGCGCGAGGGCGGGCCCACCGUCUUCGCCCAGGUCAAGAAGGGCGUCGGCGUCGACCACAUCGUCAACUUGAUCCUGAGCGCGUGGAAGGCCAGCGGCGCUGAGGAGGAGCGGAAGAGCAAGGGCGGGCCGCGACCGACCGAGGGGCUGGACGCGCUGAAGAAGUAGGAGCAGCAGCAGCAGUAGCAGGCUUGACGCACAAAACACGUCACACAUAGUAUGACCUGGAUACGGGAAGGAAGGAGAGGGGGAAAAAGCCGGAAGAGAAAGAAGAAGAAAAAAGUAUGAAUCAUGGCCAACGAUCAAGACAUAUCUCCCUGUCGAAUCCACACGUCUUUUGGUAUAUGCGUCUAUAU